AUGAUGGCACGUUCCAGUCGUCAAGAAGCGCCCAAGUCAAAGGCCAACAAUGAGGGCCACAGCAAGAGGCCAAGUGACGGCCGUUACUCUUGGGCAAAUGUAACCAUACGCUCCUGUCAACGCGAAGAUGCGAUAUUUAGCAAGUGGGAUCGGGUCAGAGAAGAUAUCUUGAGACGGAUCGAUCUCACCCAUGUAUCUAUGAUAGGGUGUUACCGUGUGGGCACCAAAGGCAGCUCCCGUAAAGCUCGCCCAACCAUUUUCAUUUUCGGCAAUCAUCACAAACACCCCAAGUCAGUCCAGCCAGCCCGCAAUAUCAUCAAUGAUGUUCUCAAAAAGCACAACGUGGCGGAGAUCGAGGUUGAAUUUCUAGAAGGUCGACAGCGCAGGCAUUCAUCCGACACCGAGUCAGAAGAAGACGGGCCUAAGCCUAAGCGUGACAUCGAGGAAAGCGGGGGAGCGUUUCGCCCGGACGUCGUUCGGCUUCGAUCACUGCCAGGGCAAAGCCUGGCUCUCAAGGAGAAUAUAAGCUGUUCGGGCACGUUUGGAGGCUUUUUCGAAAUUAUACUUCCUGGCAUUGCGAAACCAAAAGUGGUAGGAAUCACUUGCUUUCACGUCAUCAACCCAACGGAGAAGAAUAAGAUGGAUAUUGUCAGAGACAGAAUACGACAAUGGCGCAAGAAAGGGAUCAAGCCCAACGACACAGGCGCAAGUGAUCUGACAGUCGACCACCCUAGCCCUCGUGUGGUUCAAGAGAAGACCCGAUCACUGGGGAAGAAACUUCGAAAGGGUGACGAGAUGAUGUAUUUGGAAGCAAAGCAACGUCUUUCGGAUUGUGAAAGGUUACUCCACGACAUCCAAAUGUUCAAUCCUGGUUUUGGAAAGGUCUGGGCGGCGUCCGGCUUUAGAACUGGCCAGGCCCCAAGUAUCAACAGUGGCAACCAUACUCUUCCUACCAAUUAUGACUGGGCCUUGAUCGAAGUUCCGCAUGAACGGGUGGGACGUAAUACGACCCCUGGGGGGCACAUUCUGAAACAGUCCCCGUUGCCGAAGUCUUUAGACAAUUUGACUCUUUGUAUCUCAGGACAGAGAUCAGGCUAUUCAGAGGGUGACUAUAACGCCCUCAAAGAGACCAAUAUCGAUCAUGAGAUGGUCGAUGGAAAGACAGUAUCCAUGCCAACAAUUGAGCAUUCCGUUAUCCCAAGGGGGGAUAGCACAUCUUUUGGUCGACAUGGGGACUCCGGCGCUUUGGUUUACACCAAAGACACUCAUGUCGUCGUUGGCCUAUUCUUUUCAGGUCGCGUGCAUCCGCCUUUCACUUCUUCAUUCACCCACAUCAGUGAUUUAAUCGCUGAUAUCAAGAGCACCACUGGGGCGAUGGAAGUACGCUUGUUUUGA